AUGUGCUCGAUUAACCACUCUUAUCCCUCUUCACUUUGCAAUAUCACAACACCGUUGCCCAAUGCAACACUGUCAUGGAGCGAACACUGGACACCCUACCUUGCCGCCCGCAUCGCCAUCACAACAACCGCCCUUGUCCUCAACGUAGCCGUCCUCAUCUUCCACGCCAUCCAACCAUCACUGAUUACUAAUUUCACCGUGUAUAUUUUAGCGCUUUUCGUAUUCAACUGUGUGUACAUGAUCGGUUUCCAGGCUUGGCUGCUGUACACAGAACUGUACGCCAUUAAUAUGGGCAUGUAUGGCGUGUCGGUGUGUCUGCUCCACCGCUACUGCCAACUGGUGAUUAGUGUGGUCCCGACAUGGGCCCAUCUGCAGAUGGCGGCCAAUCGGCUGUUCGCCGUCAUCACACCGUUCUAUUACCGUGACCACCAUACCCGUAAAAUGGCGCUGCUGAUCUGCUGUGGCACGAUUGUUCUUGUGCAUGUGAUCUGCCUACCGGGAUUUAUCACCACCAUCCCGCACCGUUACCGGCCAAUCACGGCGCAUUACGGUGUAUGUGAGGACAACCUGAAGGCCAUCUAUCACUGGACGCGCGCGGAUAACAUCAUCAAUCGCGUCUUACCUUUAUGUCUUAUAGUGGGUAUUUAUAUUUGCGUGUUUGUGGAGCGACUGCGCAGCCGACGAACCAGGACGACCGUCCAACAACGCCCUGGGGUGGCCAGCAGGGACAUCCCGAUGGCAUCGACUAGCAAACAGACAGUCGCGGCCAGUGCGCACAAUGUUCGCAGCCAUCCCAUUGUGAUUAAGCCCUUCCUGAUUCUCAGUUGGGUUACGAUCUCCAUGAUUCUCUGCUGGGCGCCGUUGGAUAUCUGUUAUUUUCUUUCCGCAUUCUUCGCCAUAACGGUUCCUCUGCCGUUUCAUUGA